AGUGACAGGAGUAAACGCUGACAGUGGUGACUGAGAAAGGGCUGCUGGGUGGAAGAUCCAUGUAAUGUCUUGAUCCCUAUUGAUCUCCUCCAAGAUACCAACUUUGUGCCUGAGUGAAAAAGCUUUUCCAGGAUGGCUUUGAAUUGCUACUGGGGAGUCUUGGCAGUCUGUAUGAUGACUUUUCCAAGCACACUUUGUUUCCAGCAGGACCAGUCCAGAGUGUUACUAUUAUCUUUUGAUGGAUUUCGAUGGGAUUACAUUUAUAAAUUCCCAACGCCUAACUUUCAUUAUAUCAUGAAGAAUGGUGCUCAUGUUAAACAGGUUACUAAUGUGUUUAUUACGAAAACGUAUCCUAAUCAUUAUACAAUGGUGACAGGUCUCUAUGCAGAGAGCCAUGGCAUAGUUGCUAAUGAAAUGUAUGAUCCUGUCCUGAACAAAAUUUUCUCCCUGAACAACAUGAACAUCUAUAAUUCAAAGUUCUGGGAAGAGGCCUGUCCGAUAUGGGUCACCAACCAAAUGGAAGGACAUAGAACCGGAGCUGCUAUGUGGCCUGGAACAGAUGUAAAAAUACAUGGAGUCUUUCCUACACACUAUAUGUUUUACAAUGAGUCUGUUUCAUUCGAAGAUCGAGUUGACAAACUUAUUGAUUGGUUUACCUCAGAAGAACCCAUAAAUUUUGGUCUUCUGUACUGGGAGCAGCCUGAUGCGAUGGGGCAUGUUUUGGGUCCAGAAAAUCCACGUAUGGGCGCAGUCAUUAGUGAGAUUGAUGACAAGCUGGGAUAUCUUGUGUCAGAACUGAAGAAAGCAAAGUUGUGGGACACACUGAAUAUCAUAAUCACAAGUGACCAUGGAAUGGCACAAUCUUCUUCAGAAAGGCUCAUAGAGCUUGAUCAAUACGUGGCUAGAGAGCUGUAUACAAUGGUUGAUCAUUCUCCAGUGGUAGCGAUUUUGCCAAAAGAAGGCAAACUUGAUGAAGUGUAUGAAGCCUUGGUCAAUGCUCAUCCCAACAUGACUGUUUAUAAAAAGGAGGAGAUCCCAAAUAGAUUACACUACAAACACAACAGUAAAAUUCAACCAAUCUUAGCACUGGCUGAUAAAGGAUGGGAAAUCUUACAAAACAAGUCUGAUCAACUUCUCUUGGGUAAUCAUGGAUACGACAACAUCCUACCAGAAAUGCACCCAAUCUUCUUGGCCUAUGGUCCUGCCUUUAGAAAGAAUACCACCAAAGAAGCCAUGAGUCUCACAGAUCUGUAUCCCUUGUUGUGCCAUCUGCUUGGUAUCAGUUCAUUGCCAAACAAUGGGUCAUUCAGCAAUGUGGAAGAUUUGCUUCUUACGGAAGUUCCAAGAGACCUGAAUCCUAGAUAUUAUGCACAGGAGUCCUAUGCCUAUUUUAUAGGAGUUUUUCUUGGUAGCAUUCUUGUUGUUGUUUUUCUUCUAGUUUUUAUUAAACACAUAACCUACAGCCACCUACCCAGCAUGCAGGUACAACACACUGAAAUUUCCCAGCCGUUACUACAAGGGUAAUAUUACUUGCCAAUGAAGGCACUUUAAUAAAAACAAUGAAAAGUUAUUCUAGGUAUUUUGAGCUUAAACAAAGUUUUCCUAGAAAUUAGGUGAGUAGAUCUGCAAAAAUAAAUACAUGGGGUGCACUGGAGUAAAUGUGUAACAGAUGCAUACAGGGAGAGCAUGUUUCUGUUGCACCAUAUAACCACUUAAUUUUUCAGGGGUUGAAAACCCCUCUCGAUAACACUGGAAGGAUAUGUAUGUAAAUAUUUAGUAACUUUAAACCCUUGGAUACCUCAUUUUAAGCUAAUAUUGGAAAUAGAAAUCAUUUUAGAUUCACUAAGCUCUUGGUCUUUAUCUUUUGAAUUAAAACAAAUAAUGGAUUUUAACAAAAAUCUAUUUAGGUUAAGAAAAGAGUGUAAGGGAUUCACAAUGGAAGGAUGGGCAGAUUAAAUCUAUACUAUCCAACAUGCUCUGAUUUUGUGCAUUCCGUAUAAAUAUCACUAGAAUAGUGUUUGUACAAGUUGCAAAGCCAUGUAUGUCUCUAAAUUCUCUCUCUAAAUUAUUGCAACUAAAACACAUACCUUGAUAUAUUCCAAUGUUAUUACUAUAAUAAUCAGGCAGCAUUAAAUUUAUUUGAACUACUAUUUGGUUAUAAUGUUUAAGGCUUCAAUAAACUAAAAUAUUCAAUAGGGAAGUGAAGUAGGAAAAAAGAUAACUAACAAGAACCUACAUAGACCUGUAUUAUACCAGGAAAACUGAGCUAAAUUAGCAUCCUUUUGAUAUCUCGUGGAAGUAAUAGACAACAAAAUAGACAGCAGGCCAAAUCCCCCCCUAGCUUAAGCAGCUGUGAUUCUACUGAUGCAAGUGGAGUUGAGCCCCUAAUGGGCAGCCGUGAGUUUGACUGUCCUUUUUAAAUUCUAUCCUUGCAAGGUGGGGGAUAUGUAGGACUUUCUUUGCAGCCAUAGGGCAAUCUGCAUCAUAGUGUUGUUUGUUGCAGACAGGAAUCUGGAAAGUUUUCCACAGAAACUAUAUUGAUGCAGUGGAUACUGCUCAGGAGUAAUGUGGCAACGAGACCCUCUCUCAUUCAAGAUCUAUUCUAAUUCUAAGUUUGUAAAGAAUUAUACUAGUUCCUAUGUAAAAACAAAUCUGUCUGAAUUGUAAAGGGUGGCUUUUGCUUGAAAGUGGAUCAGACAGGAUAGUCUGAAAUAAUGAAGCAAGAAAAUUGAUAUAACUAGCAGGAAUUCUUCCUUGAUGCAACUUGUGUAGCAACAAAAUUUGCUUGUGAGCUGUAACCAUAACUAAUUCCACUGCUGUAGCAGACAUAUUUAUAGCUGAAAUGGGCCAUUGUGCAUUUUGGUCUUUAAUUGUAGCAGGCAGUGUUGUGCAUUUCUAAAUUGAGUUAUGUGACCCACAGAAGGCUGGUGUUUCCUGGGCUGUAGCUUAUUGUCAAAUUGGGGUGGGCAAGAAUACUGAAACUGAGUUGGUAGUCACAGAACUCAGUUUCAAAACUCAGCAUUGUGUAUAACUUAAUCUGACUCAUGUCUGUGAAAUUCUGUUGUAAUUGUCCUGGGGAUCAUGUGCUAUUGCUCCACCUCCAUCUUUGCUUAGGUUGUCAAGGAAAAUCACCCUGUGGCCACAGUGCCUGUAAUGUAAAGCUGCCUGUUGCUGGAGAAGCUCACAUGCUGUUUUUGUUAUCACCUGACUCACUAAAAGUAGACCAGACUUUGUCUUAAUUCAUCUGACAAAUAAUUCUUUUAAAACAGAUGAAAAUGGUGUUCACAGUAGUAGUUAAGACCUUGAAGCUCAGAGCAGAUGAACCUAGCUUAAAAUCAGGCUACCAGUAAACUUUACUAAGAGGAAGGUCAGGAUCCACUGCAAUCUUUACUUUGGCAAUCUUGUCCUCAGGAAUUGGUGGAAGGUAUUUUGGUUGGAUGGUAAGGGGAGAUGUUUUGAUAUAUAAAAUCUCUACCUUUUCUGAUCUUAGUAUCCUAUGUGCAAUAAUUCUUUCAGAUCAAUUGAAUAAAUGUAUUCACAUACAGAACUGAGAGCUACAGUCUGACAGCACUUCCUGCAGUGGGGAAGCCUAGAUAAUCUUCCCUUACUCUGUCCAUUUCCAGUAGCUUCUUCACUCAAGCUCUAUCCCCUCUUCCCAAUGACCUUGGUAUUAAAAUUUUCAUGCAGGAUA